CACCAGAUUCAUUUUUUCAAAAUCCUCACCGCCUCUCUCGCCGGAAACUCGGCCUUUUCCUCUUCUCCGUCGAUUUUCCGGCCAUAACUCCCUCUCCCGACCUCCAAAUCACAAACCGCGACCGCCCCCACGCUCCUGGCGUCGAGGAGCACAAUCCCCAGAGAUAUCAAAGCCGACCACACCUUCCCACAUCCCAAACUGAGCUUUGAAGAGGCGGACAUGAGUGAGGAGAUGCAAGAAGAUCUCAUGAAAGAAAUUGCUUGGCAACUUGCUCUCCAAUCCGUGCUAGAAGAAGAAGAGCAAGAAAGGGUGCAGAAAGAAGUUGUGGAGGAUGACGAAAGUGAAGCAGGAGGAGUUCUUGAUCAUUUCCCAGGGGUGAUACCACAUGAACAAGGAAGGGAGGUUGAAGAACCAAUUGGCGUCCAGGCUGAGGAUUGAGGUGGAAGAGGCUUGCACCGGCCAUGAGUUACAUUUGAUAUCUCCACCAAACUUCGAGGAACUACUUAGCAAGGAUCCCCUUGCAGUGUCUCUUUGCCAUACCAAGGUCAUGUCGACAUCAGUCCCUCUCGGUGGACGCGAUGGUGGUCAAUCAAUGUUGUCAUAUCUGGUUUGGGGCAAUGAGACGAGAGAAGAGAAGAAGUCUCGAGGGUGGAGAAUUCAUCCGCAUCAAGUGCACGAGCUUCCAUCACCUGUCAUACCACAUGCUCGUGACUUGAGACUUCACCUCAUUGACGAGAACCUCAACUUCAAAGAGGUUUUGAGGUGGACCGAAACUUAGGAGCCAUCGUCCGGCUCACGACAAAUAAGCGCUUGUUGGGAGGCAACCCAACCAGUCGGUUUGCAUUUCUUUCUAUUUUUCUCCUCGGUUGAGUCAGUUUUGUUAUUUGAUUUUAGAGUCAAUAACUCAACCUUUGUGAGAUUUUGUGUGGUGUUUGUGGUUUGACCACUCUCUCCUCCUGGAAUACACCGCCUGCCUCGUCCACCAUCAUUCACCCUGGAUCUGGUAACUUCGUUCUACCCUCCUUAUCUUUCCUCCAUUGAGGACAAUGUCGUGCUUAAGUGUGGGGGGAUGUUCGAUUAUGUAUGCGGGUGAAUGUUUGGCUGUUUGUGUGCUUGGAGCCUAGUCCACUGUCCAAAUUUUUAAAUUUGAGGGCUCCAAGUACGUGUUUCCUUGCAAAUUGCCUGCUCAGUAUGCUUUGAAUUGACAGUCUCUAUAGUAAUGUGAAACCUAGGGAGGUAGUGUAGCACUAUGGAGGAUGUUGAAGUAUAAGAUUUUUCCUAUCUAGCUCUCUGCUGUGCCCGUUGAUUUUGUGAAUUAGUGGAGCUAAGACCGUUGAAUUCAUGUGGUAAUGGUGACUAUAUUUGGAUUGUGUUAUGGACUCGUGUAUCGAACAGGGUGCUCAUGUGAAAAAUGAAAAGCAGUUGGUCCUCCAUGUCAAAAUCAUAAAAUCUUAAACAUGGGGUAAGCCCAACGUGUGCGGCACCGUUCAUUGCACCAAAUCGGGUUUUGGAAGAGAUUUUAGUGAUCCUUAGUGGGGUACUCCUACAAGGUGAAGCUAAGCUGUCUCUAGUACAUGUAAAACUUCCACCCGUUGAACGGUUUGCCUACUUGAGGAUGUGUUUUUAAGGGCACGGAUAGAGCUUCCGACCCCCCUUAAUUUCAUUGACCCUCCACAUGAGUUGAGGAAAAGGAGUUAAAAGAAGUACUCUGGCGAGCGCCAGGUGUACAGAAAUUGCUCUUGCUCGACUAAUAAGGGUCGACCGUGCAAAAGACUGCAGUUGGAACCCCCGCCAAGUGAAUGAAAUAAGAAAAAAAAUAAAGUAAAAUGAAAGCGAAAAAGGGGCUCCAACGGUGAAAUGAAGUGAAAGAGCACCUCGGUACAACGAGUCUUUGGUUGUGAAUGAUGUGAGUCCCUUUAUCCAUGAACUGACUGUCUUAAUUCUACUUCUUCUCAUGAUCCUGACUUGAGUCUAGUACUCGCAUUGAGAGAGAUAGGGAACAUCUUAGAAGACCAGUUGACCUCGUAAGCUGCUAUAUGAUCUAGGAAAUCCUCUACCGAUGAUCGGGGUUGUAUGUUGCUAUAGAGGUCUGGAGAGCUUCAUUGGUUUGAGUUAGGUUUGCUUGGGGACAAGCAAACGGUUAAGUGUGAGGGAUUUGAUGACUCGAUAUUUGCACAUGUUUUCCCCAUUGUUUCUUGAUCGUUUGAGAUUUAAUUAUUGCGUCUUUGGCCUAUUUUACGCUAGGUUGUGUUCCUUCGUCACAUUACAGGUCCUAGCACAUAAAGUGAAGCAUAUGCG